AUGUCAACCACACAGCCAACUGUAGAUGAGGACGUCUGUCGUCUUCAACUAGAAACUAUUAUCGGAUUCAAUGGUAAUGUGGUCGGUGGUUUACAGAUGCACCCAGAUCGUCAACAUUUAAUCUACCCAUUAGGCUGUCAUAUCAUUAUUGAUGAUAUUAGUAAAGAUGGAAAUCAACAAAACUUAUCUAAACAUACAGAUAAUGUGACAUGUUUGGCUAUUUCUAAAUCUGGGAGAUACUUGGCCUCUGGUCAGACAACUCAUAUGGGCUUUAAGGCUUUGAAAAUAUUGUGGGACUUAAACACAAGACAGCCUCUUCAUGAAUUGUUAUUACAUAAAGUUAAAGUUGAAGCACUUACAUUUUCAUGUGAUGAGAAAUAUCUCAUUUCUCUAGGUGGACAAGAUGAUGGAUCGGUCGUUGUUUGGGAUACAGAACGUGGACAAGCUAUUUGUGGAUCCCCAGCUCAGAUACAAAGUGCUGGUAAUACCUAUUGUGUGAAAGCUUCAAAUAGCAAAGGUGAUAUAUUUGUCACUGGAGGAGACAAUACUCUAAGAGUUUGGCAGAUCGAUGCUGAAAACAGGAAGAUAAGACCAUCCGAAGUUGAUUUAGGUGGUUUAAAAAGAAUAGUAACAUGUAUUGAGAUGGUUGACGAUCAAGACUUACCAUAUUUCUUCUGUGGAACUACAACAGGAGAUAUCUUAAUCAUUAACAGAGAAUCAAAAAAGCUCCAAUUUUUUGUACCAGAAAAAGAAAAAUUCAGUUUAGGGGUCACUGCUAUGUCAUUUAUCAGUUUACCAACUUUUGAAUUCUUAAUUGGUUCAGGAGAAGGAAAACUUGGCCAAUAUAGAAUCAAAAUACCAUGGAAAGAUGAGUUAUAUAAAACUAAAAACAAUUCUAUAACAUCAAUUGCAUUAAGAGGUGGCGGACAUCAGUUUUUUGUUGGAAGUGGUAACUCUCAAAUAUACAAAUUUAACUAUGCCGAAUUUAAAUGUGAAUUGGUAAAGAGUUGCCAUUCUAAACGUGUCAAUGAUGUUGUCUUCCCAUUUGGAACAUCUGAUCUAAUAGUGACAUGUCAAUAUGAAGAGAUUCGUAUCUGGCAAAUAUCUACUGGCCGAGAAUUGAAACGUUUUGUUGUACCAAAUUUAACUUGUAAUGCUGUUUGUAUAACUCGAGAUGGUAAAAUGAUUUAUUCUGCUUGGGCUGAUGGGAAAAUCAGAGGUUAUGGCUUUGCUGUGAAAUCAAACGAUAUAAAAGAGUGUCUGACCAUUGGAGAAGCUCAUAAUAAAGGUGUAACAGCUAUUGCCUGUACAUCUGAUGGACAUGGUAUUAUCAGUGGUGGAGGUGAAGGUCAGGUUCGACUCUGGGUUGUCAAGGAAAGCAUGGAUGCUAAAGGAAAAGUAUCUAAACGAGGUGUAUUAGUUGAAGCCAUGAAAGAACAUAAAGGCUCAGUAUCAGCUAUCAAGAUAAGAGAUAAUGAUAAAGAAUGUAUUUCUGCUAGUACUGAUGGAACUUGCAUCAUUUGGGAUUUAGAGAAGAAAGUAAGAAGUCAGAUUGUCUUUUCCAAUACAUUAUUUCAAUCAGUUAUUUAUGGUUGCGAAGGUGCUCAAAUGGUGACCUGUGGUACUGAUAGAAAGAUUGCAUACUGGGAAACUUUUGAUGGCUCUCUAAUUAGGGAGGUUGAUGAUUCUAAAUCUGGCGGUACUCUCUCAAUAGAUGCCUCUCCCGAUGGAAGAUAUUUUGUUACUGGUGGUGAAGAGAAACUCUUGAAGGUUUGGAGUUACAAUGAUGGUUGCUGUUCACAUGUUGGACUUGGACACAGUUCAACCAUAACUAAAGCUAAAAUCUGUCCAAAUCAGAAAUAUAUUGUCAGUGUUGGUCAAGAUGGUGCAGUUCUAAUUUGGAGAUUCCCGUACACCCAAGAAGCUUAA